AUGAGUCUUCACGGCGCAGGCGACUUGAGCGGCGUACCAGGCGGCAGACACGCGAACCUCGCCUUCUCUCUUUCGAAGCUGUUGAGGGAGAAGAUGGCCAAUCAUGGCGGCCAACUACGAUCCGAAGCCUCGCCCUGUCACGGCUACAACGAAAACGACCGGCGAGCGAUAUGCAUCGAGGAUUUGCGCGACGACGUCGAGCGCGAGGAGGUCAUCUAUCAGCAGCUUGAAGACGAGGGCUAUUUCGUCAAGGACGAAUUGAAGGCGUUGUUGGGCGAGGGUGAGCGGGAACGGAGCAAGCGGCGAAGAGGGACUUGCGGUCUUGAGUUCCAGGCAGGUCUCGAGCCAGAGAGCGGGUCUUGUCCUGCUGGAUACGCUCGCGUCGGAUCAAGGCGGGAAGGCGCACCAUUCAUCUGCCAGGACAUCGCAUCGCCGUACUCCUGCGGCCGGGAACAACGAGACUGCUACGCUCAGCCAGGCGUCUUGCAGGCGGAGUGCACCGACGGCGAGUGCGAGAUCAUGAUGUGCCAGGGGGGCUGGCGAUUCCACAACGUCGAUCCGGACGAAGAAGGCUACGGCGGCGCGUCCUGCGUUCCCUCCAAGCCGCUCUUCUUCAACCCGCCGCCCUAG